CAAAAAGUUUAGCAUUUACACAAAUUUUGAAGCAAUGGCGAAAGAUCUUGGUGUGCCGAGAUAUGAUCCGAACACAGAAGCAUUCCAGUCUCGGGCUCAGUGGAAAAAAGUUGACAACUGUCGAAAACAGUGGAUUGAACGUUGGAGCUGGUUACUUGAUGAAAGAAAACAGGCGCAGAACGAAGCGGAUGCGAUUCGUCAGGAGGUUGCCGCUGUUUUGCCACAUGUCACGGGCAAAUUGGAAUCCACGAAAUCAUUGAAACCAGUGCCUAUCGUAUCGUCGGGCAUUAUCGGUUGGCUAGCUGCCAAACCGGAUUGUCGAUUAGAAAUUUACACGUCUUGGAUUUCGAAGAUUCCACUGAAGCUUCCGGAUGCCUGGGAUGACAAAAACUAUACCUAGCCAAUGAAACGAUGU